UACUACUUGUACUCAGUGUACUGCCUCUACUUGCUCUACUGGCUCUGCUUGACUGCUGCUCUGUUUGCUAGAUAGACUCUUGUUUGUACUUCCUGAAACAAGCUGCAUCACUGCUCCUGAGCUCAGCAGGAACACUCUGCAGUCUCCAUCUGCUGGACCCCUUACGCCUGUUGACCAGCACUAGCGCUACAAGCUGACAUGUCGCCUACCUACGAGUGCCAGAUACAAUUCGUAUCUGGCGAGAAUCUACCGAUAGGCGACAUCUGGGGCGCCAAUUCUGAUCCUUACAUCAUUGCCAUCCUCGGCCACAAGACAGCCAAUGAACUACAAUACCGUACAAGUACCUGCCGUGCGACGCGGAACCCGUCUUGGCAAGAUCAAGAUACGUGGCAUGUCGGUGGUAUUGCAGAGGACAGUGAACUCAAACUCAGAGUAUUCGAUGAGGAUCCUCGCAAGAUGAACAAUGACAGACUGGGUGUUGCUUCGUUUGCAAUGAAGGGUCUGGCAGAGAUGUGCGAUAAGGGACCACAAGAAAUUGUUCUCAAAGUCCGGAAACGCAAAGCAUCCGCCAAAGUCUACAUCCUGACCUAUCUCUGGUCCUUUGGUCUGUUUCAAGAUCUCAAGGCAAAAUCUGCUCUUGUCAAAAUCAAGUUGACUGUCAAACAGGACGAGGAAGCUCGGCCAAAACCUGCCUUGGUCGGUCCAAUCCGGUAUUCUAUCCACUUCUCUCCACUACUAGGGCGUCUUGCAGGUACCAAGGAUGAAACAACCAGAGUCGCUUGUUUUCUCGCCUACCGUCUUCACCUUCGCGACAUACCCGACAUGCGCUUCCAGUACACACAGAAGCGUAAAGAAAUUGUCAUGAUGUACAGUUCCGGUGUUCGCGGUAAACUUAUCCGUCGAGCACUUCAAUCUCAACAUGCCGCCAUCUAUGGAUUUGAUGCACGUACGAUUGUCGGUAGUGUCGAUCCAAAAGAUGCAGCUGCGCGAUUCCUUGAAAUGACGAAUGCUGGGUCUGGUGUUGGCAUAUUCACCUAUGCCAUCACAGGCGACGGCGUGAUGCAUUUCACACAGACUGGACCGCGUUUCGCCAUCAACCAUCUCUCAAAGCAUGCAAUGCACUCGAAUGCCGCUACAGAGGUGGUGUAUUCUGGUGAAUUCUUCUUUUUACAAAAAGAAGAGAGUGCCGCCAACGCGCAGGAACAUGCCUAUCACCAGUCAUCGAGCCAGGAAGACGAAGAUGGGUCUGCAGUCAUGCCACAGACAAUCGUUAAGGAUGAAUCACUCGUUCUACACAUACGUCAAGGAACAGCCAAUAUCCAGUCGAUGGGUGAAGUCGAUGUCAUGAAUAGCCUCUCAAAACGCAAGCACAGCAAAACACUCGCGGAAACACUCAAACUGCCGUCCAAAAAGAAGCGUGAAGAAGCGCGUCAGGAAAGAAUCAAUGAAGCACUCAACAAGAAUGGCCAGGUACGGCCAGGUUCAAGUCACAAGCAUGAAGUCUCUGACUUUACCUUGGUGAUUGACAACUCUAGCGGCACGUUUAUGCCUGAUGCAGCCAAACUUCCCGACCUAAAGCGGUUCUUGGAGCACAAUUUCGAGGGGUUGCAUAUUGAUGCAUUGGCGCAAGAUGACGAUCGUCUCAAGGAGUUGAAGGAGAAGCGGAGCAAGAAGGAUGACGGCAUGGGCAACCUGCGAUUACGACAAGCAAGCUCAUUCACUUCAAGUUCGCGAACCUCCUCAUUUUCAGUCGAGGGGCAAGGCAGAGAACGGGCUGUUGAUAAACUAGCUGGACGGCACAAGGCGCCAAACGCUUAAUUUGUAUCAACAAUGCAUUUUGUUCAACACAUCCAGUGAUGAGAGCUGUUAAGGGCAUACUCAACUGCCGCUGUAGAAGUCCCACCAUCUUCUCUGCGUCUUGCCAUCUUCUAUGAGCACCUGGUAGUGUCAUCUCAAAAUAAAUUCAGGGGUAGGGCCUGGCCACGAGCGAAUCUUGCAGCUGCGCCAAGCAUGAGCGCAAUGGUAGGCCGUGCAUGUUUGCAGACAGCAUUCAGAUAUUGCACUCCUUACGGUCUAGAAUCAUGUCGUGGGACUUGUCUGCCGAUGUACGCGACAAAACCAGUGCCAUGUUCUCUUUGAUGUUCUACUCCCUUCCAACAAACUGAAGUUGCCAAGUCGAUCAGUAUCAGGGUUUAAGGUUUGUUCAAAACUAUG